CCACGGUUUCCUUCUUAUAUCAACUCUGCCCUGCUCUCACUUCUUUCUCCUCUCAAAAACAACCAUUUUUCUUCAAUUUUCAUGGAGGAAGUAGAUGAAUCAGAAGCCAGUUGGUUUGAUGGGUCAGUAGAGGAGCUCAUCCAUGAGCUCUUUGACGACGAGUCCCCUCUCUUCGUCCCACCUGAGGUCCCAGAAUCUCAAGAAGCUGCUUCUCAGAAGUCCGUAGUUAACAAGCUCAUCUCAUCUGUCUACUCUGGCCCUACAAUUGGAGACAUCCAGAGUGCGCUGUCCAUGGGAUUUCAGCAUGGUCGCAGUACUGGUUCUCUAGCUGUGAGUUCAUUCCCAGAGAAAGGGUCAGGUAAAAUGGAGAAUAAGUAUACACUCAGGAUCAAGAGCUGUGGGAAUGGACUCACAGAUGAUGGCUAUAAGUGGAGGAAGUAUGGUCAGAAAUCUAUCAAGAACAACCCAAACCCAAGGAGUUACUACAGGUGCACCAACCCUCGCUGUAAUGCUAAGAAGCAAGUAGAGAGAUCCACAGAAGAUCCAGAGAUGCUGAUCAUCACCUAUGAAGGCCUCCACCUCCACUAUGCCUACUCCCAUUUUUUCUUGCCUCGACGACAAGGCCAGAACUCUGCGACGAGUCUUCAUGUGCCGAAGAAACCCAAGGUCCAGCAGGCGGAAGAUCUUGAUCAAAACCCGGAUGCGAGAUCCACAAAGCCGGAAGCACCAACCACGACGCAGCAGCAGCAGCAGCAGGAGCUUGUGAUCAUUGGUGAGAAGAGCCCUCAAGGAACGCUCCUUGGCCCGGUUCUCAGAGAAGAAAGGAUGCCAACCGAAGACAAUGCGCAGUGCCCACAAGGGCUGCUGGAGGAUAUCGUACCCUUGCUUGUUAGGAAGCCCUGCAACUCUACCUCCUCUCAGGCGUCUUCUCCUGAUCACUACUCGCCAUCCCAUUCUUGGUCUCUCAACUCAGCUCAUCUUGACGUGGGUAUACUUUCGAACAUGAUUCCGGUGACACAUCCGUAGAAGGAUUACUGUUGUAUGGCUUCAUACUUAAUUCCUUUGGAUACUGCAAGUGUAUCUUGGAAAAUGUGGGGCCUGGUUGUCCUCUUACACCAUGUGUAACACCAACGUGAAAGAAAAUUAGGGUGGUGAAGUAAUGCACACUGAAUGCGAGAGCUUUUGGUAGACUUGUUAUAUACAUGAUUUAUAUUAUUAUUAUUAUUAUUAUUUA